UGGUAAAUUUUAAUGAAACAGUAGUGUGUAAGCGGACAAAGAAAUGUCGUAUAAGUACCCCAGAGUGUCUAUAGAGUAUUGUGCCAAGUGCAAAUGGAACAAUCGUGCGGUGUGGUAUGUGCAAGAACUUAUCCAAACCUUUGAUAAACCAGGAGUGAAUCUUAUAGAAGAGGUGGCAAUCCAACCUAGAUACGAUUACCCGGGAUUAUUCCGAGUCACCGUAAGCAAAGAUGCACAAAAUAGUUCGAUUAUUUACGAACGAAAGUUCCAAAAGGAUCAAGGAACUGAACCUACCAAAGAUUAUAGUUAUGAAGGGUUCCCCGAUAGCAAAUUCUUGAAAACAUUGGUUCGAGACUACUUAUUCCCAGACAACAAGCUUGGGCAUAUCGACCGGGCCAAUCACAAUGUGCUCAACCGAGGAGAGGAAUGUGUCCCUUGUGCUAGAGAAAGUUAGUUGAAACGGUUGACUACAGUUUGUGGGUCAAGAUAUAUUUAUUUUAAUAUAUAUAUAUAUAUAUAUUUAAUUUUUAGAAAAGCAAAA